AUCAGCCAUGAUGGCAGUGUCAUUGAGAUCACGCACAGGUGCCGCACCGACACCAAUUACCACUUAUUACCAUCUCACACUACCCCACGCACCCUAUCGCCCAGAAUGAAGAUCUCCCCCGUCUCAAUCAGCUUCAUCAUCCUCGCUGCCAUGGGUGUGGCUGCUACCCCGCUCAAUCAUGCCGAAUCAGUCGGCGUGAGAAGCGAGAACAACGUUCAGGUCAAAUACGAUGGACAAUGCCGGAAGAGUGAAAAUCAAUGCCGGUACACCGCGCAAAGUGGAAGGACUGCUAUCUGCAAGUGCCAAUUCCGAAAGUGCAGUAAGGACGGCGCCAAGUGCAAUUUCGACUCCUACAAUAGGGAUUGCAACUGCUACUAGUGGUUUGCGCAUGGCUGGCUCUGGGCGAAGCUAAUGUGUGUCCUGUGGAGCCGUACGGGGUCGCGACGUCGGACUUCUCAGUCAGUGGGAGGGAUGGAAAUCACAGGUUGUUGCUACUAAUUAUCUGCUGUCGGAAAUUUCUGUUCUUUCUCUUAGUCUAAAGAAAC